CAACAAGUGGGACUUGUUAAUGGUUUAUGUGACCUCUCCAAAUCGGAAAGCGCAUUGCAAAUAUAAUAUCACCUAUUUGGACAAAAAAACUUCAAUAAUGCAUCCAUGAUAAUAGUUUGAAUUAAUAUAAAAUCAAUGCCGGGAACAAAUUUGUUGCACUGAAAUCUGUUGUUGUUUGUACUCUGUGAUCCAAUUGAGAGAGAGAGAGUGCAAGCAUGGAACUACCAAGGCUAGGGAGUUCCCUACUAGAGCCCAGCAUUAAGGAGCUGACAAAGGAAUCACUUUCAAGAGUCCCACCAAGAUAUGUGAAAACUGAUCAUGACCCUCCAAUCACAUCAGACACCAUAUCUAUACUGCAGGUGCCUGUGAUUGACAUGCAGAUGCUGAGAUCUAAAGAGUUUAAGCAUAUAGAGCUCCAAAAGUUUCACAAUGCAUGCAAAGAUUGGGGUUUCUUCCAGUUAACAAAUCAUGGAGUGGUUGGUUCGUUAUUGGACAGAGUGAAGUUGGGGGUUAAAGAAUUCUUCAAUCUUCCAAUAGAAGAGAAGAAGAAGUUGUGGCAGCAGCCAGGAGAGAUGGAAGGAUUUGGGCAGGCCUUUGUCAUGUCUGAAGAGCAGAAGCUUGAUUGGGCAGAUCUCUUUCAGUUAAUAAGCCUUCCAGCUCAUUUGAGAAAACCAUACUUCUUCCCUAAGUUUCCCCUCCCAUUCAGAGAUGAUUUGGAGGCUUACUCAACAGAACUGAACAACCUAGGAAAUGAAUUGCUUAACUUUAUGACAGAAGCUCUAAAUAUGGAUCCCAAUGAUGUGAAACAAGUGUUUGGAGAAGGACUACAGAUGAUGAGAAUGAAUUAUUACCCACCAUGUCCAGAACCAGAACUUGUCAUUGGUCUCGCUCCUCAUUCUGAUGCCUCCGGCCUCACAAUCGUCCUCCAGAUCAAUGAAAUAGAAGGCCUAAAGAUAAAGAAAGAUGGGAUGUGGGUUGUAACCAAUGGAAUCUACCCCAGCAUGGUACAUUGCGCAACUGUCAACUCAGAGAAAGAGAGGCUAUCCAUUGCCACAUUUCAUAGUCCGAGUCUGGACGGAGAAAUGGGACCAGCACCAAGCCUCCUAACUCAAGACACACCGGCAUUGUUCCGGAGAAUAAAAGUUGCAGAUUUCUACAAUGGAUUUUUUUCUCGUGAACUCGUUGGAAAAUCAUACUUGGAUGUUCUGAGGAUUCAAAAUGAAGACGGCCAAAAGGAUUGA